UUUCUUUCUUUCUUCUUGCAUCUUUCUUUCCUGCAGCGUUCCUUUUUUCCUCUGCGCUUCUAACAGCUGCGCCAGGUGGAAGUUCAACCGGUCAAGCUCCGCCCGUCGCGAGAUCUUUUUUUCUGCCAGCAAAACUCCACCGGGGGAGUUUGAGGGGUUUGGAGGGAAAUGAGGAGCAGCAGGGCAAGAGGAUUUUCGGCUUGGGAUCAGCCACAGCAGAGGUGGUGGUGGGGGGAACUGUGGCUCCCUCUUGGACUGCAGCUCCCAUCAAGCCCAGGUAGCAGGGCUACUGGUUAGGGAUGAUGGGAGUUCAGCCACAACAGGAUUCCCCCCCCCCCUGGAAUGACUGGCUUUGUUCCUGACAAAUGGGACAGAAGAGAGUGUUUCUGAGCAUGUGUCGAUUUGGCUGCAGCCCAGUAAGCUAACUAGGCGGUGUUGACAGAGCGGAAAAAAACAUAUUCAAUUUUAUGGGAUUUUGUUGAGUUAAUGCAGGGGUCAGCAAACUUUUUCAGCAGGGGGCCGGUCCACUGUCCCUCAGACCUUGGGGUGGGCCGGACUAUAUUUUGAAGGGGGGGAAAAUGAACGAAUUCCUAUGCCCCACAAAUAACCCAAAGAUGCAUUUUAAAUAAAAGGACACAUUCUACUCAUGUAAAAACACCAGACAGGCCCCACAAUUAGCCCAGAGAUGCAUUUUAAACAAGUUAUCCCUUUUUUACAGGGAUUUUCCCUUAUGCUGAAUAGGCUUCCUCGCGAGAAAAGCGAAAACUUGGCAGCUAUGAUUUUAAAUAAAAUGACAUGUUAACAAUUACAUUGCACUCCUUUCGAAAGAGCUGUAGCUUAGUGGCAGAGCAUGUGCUUUGUAUAGAGAAGGUUCUGGGUUCAAUUUCUGGCAUCUCUCAUGAAAAGGAUAACAUGGCAGGCGAUAGGAUUGUUGCUGCCAGUCCGAGUAGGCACUGCUAGGCUUGAUGGAGCCUGGUACAAGGCACUUCCUCUGUAAGGAAAUGUGUACAGGACUGCCGCUGAAUGGUUUAUUGAAACCCCAGGGUGUGGCAAGGAAGCUAAAGAAACAAACUUAGGACCGUUGCCCUUGGAUCACGCAUCCCCAAACUUUGGCCCUCCAGAUGUUUUGGACUACAAUUCCCAUCAUCCCUGACCACUGGUCCUCUUAGCUAGGGGUCAUGGGAGUUGUAGGCCAAAACAUCUGGAGGGCCGCAGUUUGGGGAUGCCUGCCUCAGAUAAAUCAAAUAUAAGCUUACAUCGACUUCUGUUCUGCCCUUCUCUCUGGUAGGAAAAGCUUUUCUUGUGCAAUAAAAGGGCAUAUAUAGGCAGCUUUUAGGACAGGGGUGGGGGAACCUCAGGUCCAGGGGCCUAAUGUGGCCCUCAAGCUUCUCUCUCUCUGGCCCUUAGGACUUACCCAAGCCCUCCUCCAGUGUUUUGGCCUUGGUGGAAAGUUUCCUCCUUGAAUUGCGAUAAUGCUGUGAUUAGUAUUUUUUAUUAGUUUUCAAUUACAUUAAUCCAAUAAUAGCCUCAUUAUAACAAUGCCAAAUGAUAAUACAAUUCCUAAUACAAAUCAUUCAAAUACCAAAUUAUUUAGGUAGGCCCCCGCGUGCUAGAAUUGAUGGUUUGAUGGUUUACUUUGUUUGAAACCCAACGGCUACCCCUACCUGGUUUAGCCAGCUAGCCGAAGCUGUUCCCGGAGUGUGGCUGCUGUCACAUGAUGACAGCUUCUAGGAGCCACAGGUGAGAGCGGAGUACACAUUUAAAGAAGCAUAAUUAGCAGGAGAAUAAAAUAUUAGCAUAAGCCUAGGAGAUAUCUGCUGUGGUUGCUGCCCGCCCUGCUAAAAAGGUGGUUCAUUGCAGGCAGUGGCUAUGUAAGACUCUCUCAAGGCAAAUCUACAAAAAAAAAAUGCAGUAUAAACGUUGACAACGGGGAAACACUCACCUGCGAAGGCUCCAAUUGGAGAACAGCCUUCACCAAAGGGGUCACUGGCUUAGAAGAUGUUCAAACUCAAGACGAAAGGGAGAAACGUGCUAAGAGGAAGGCACAUUUGGCAAACCCUCACCGUGAUCAACUCCCGCCCGGAAACCUAUGUCCCCACUGUGGAAGGACGUGUGGAUCCAGAAUAGGUCUCCACAGUCACUUAUGGACUCACUGUUAAAACCGUGUUCGUGGAAGACAAUCUUACUCGGCUACGAGGGAUCGCCAAAGAAGAAGAUAUUUGACGCUGACCCAAGAUGGCAACAGUUGGAUUCGUGUCUUCGUGCGCCAGUGGGCGUCCCGUGGCGUCUUUGCUGAGGCACGGGGUUCAGAAAAUGAGAUCGUCCCAGCUGCACACCACGGCCAGGUCUGCUUCGAAGGAUUACUACGAGGUGCUUGUUCUAGGAGGAGGCACCGGUGGGGUCUCCAUGAGCGCACGGAUGAAGCGAAAAGUCGGAGCUGGCAAUGUGGCGGUUGUUGAGCCCAGUGAGAAGCACUAUUAUCAGCCACUCUGGACUUUGGUCGGGGCAGGAGCAAAACCACUGGCACCCUCUUCCCGUCCAACGGCAAGUGUGAUUCCUUCCGGUGUAAAGUGGAUCCAAUCCAGAGUGCAGAAGCUGGAUCCAGACAAAAACUGUGUCCAUUUGGAGAACAACCAAAAGAUAUCUUACAAGUAUUUGAUCAUCGCCCUUGGGCUUCAGCUGCAUUUUGAAAAGAUCAAGGGCUUGCCCGAAGCUUUCAGCACUCCUAAAAUAGGUUCCAAUUAUUCCGUUCACACCGUGGAGAAAACUUGGAAGGCUCUGCAAGAUUUCCAGGAAGGAAAUGCCAUUUUCACCUUUCCAAACACACCCAUAAAAUGUGCCGGUGCACCACAAAAGAUCAUGUACUUGUCAGAGGCGUACCUGAGAAAGACUGGGAAACGACCGAAAGCCAAAAUAAUCUUCAAUACUGCCCUUGGAGUGAUUUUUGGUGUUCAGAAGUAUGCCAAUGCUCUGCUAGAGAUUAUCAAAUCGAGGGACAUUACAGUCAACUACAAAUACAACCUCGUUGAAGUUCGAGCUGAUCAACAGGAAGCGGUCUUUGAGAACUUGGACAAAAGUGGGGAGACGGAGGUCUAUCAGUACGAAAUGCUUCACGUCACCCCCCCAAUGGGACCCCAAAACGUACUUCUGAACAGUCCGGUUUCUGAUGCAGGGGGCUGGGUCGAUGUAGACAAGGAGACAUUGCAACACAAGAAAUACCCAAAUGUGUUUGGGAUCGGAGACUGCACUAACCUCCCUACUUCAAAGACGGCUGCAGCUGUAGCUGGCCAGUCUGGUGUGCUUGAUAACACCAUUUCCUGUAUAAUGAAGGGCAAGCCUCCAGCUAAAAAGUAUGAUGGAUACACAUCCUGUCCCCUGGUAACCAACUACAACCGCGCGAUCCUGGCAGAAUUUGAUUACAGCGCGCAGCCUUUAGAAACGUUUCCUUUUGACCAGAGCAAGGAGCGGCUGACAAGUUUUCACAUGAAAGCUGAUCUCAUGCCUUUCCUUUACUGGCAUGGGCUAUUGAAGGGAUACUGGGGAGGUCCAGCUCUGAUACGAAAGCUGCUACACCUAGGGAUGAAGUAGCCGCCAGUCCUUUUGUACCUGCUACGAACCACAAAAGUACGACCACAGCUUUAAAAGGUAUACAGCAAGAUAUAGAAGCAGUAGGUGUCCUGUGCAGUAUAUCAAUAAGUUUCUGAGCAGAGACUAAAGCUUCAGACUCAUUUAUAUCUUACAUGCUAUACUUGGAUUUUAUGUAUUAAUAUUUUUUAAAGCAAAUAAAUUUGGUACUUUUCAAUGUCUUUAUAGGUCUCAAAUCUACAUUUUAAAGAAAACUUUAUCCAGCUAGUAAAUGCACCAUCCAGUAGUGUAGCAACCGCUGCAUUUUUAGCUGUUGACUUUCUAUUUUGAGUCUACCCAUGAGAUAAUAUACUGAGUUGUGUUAGCUUAUAUAUGUGCUCUCUUCCCAGCUUUAACAGCUGGUGUAGUGGCUAACCAUUGACCUUGAAUGAUCCCAGUUCAAGAAGUGUUGCAAGUCUGUAAUACAGAGAUAAUGGUCUACCUUACAAAUCUGUCAGAGGGUUACAGAGAAAAUUCAGAAAGCAUUCUAUAAAAUGUCGUGUUAUCAUUUCAAUUGCACCAACUCUCCAUCAGCAUGCCAACCAACAAAUAUGGAACAUUCUGCACUUGUUCAAUGAAAACCAGGCUUUAUUUUGUGGCCUUUUCUAUCAGUACUGCAAAUAUCUGCAUUGUUAAACGUAUUGUAUCUCACUGCUUAAGUCAAUAUUCCCUAGAUAGCAGCCAAGUAAGUAGGAACUGUCUCAACUGCCUAUUUCCUGUGAUUUGUCAGCAAUUGCAGAAUUUUCUUCUUUUGGGGAGGAAUGAUGGCUCAGUAGUAUUGAUCCUAUGUUUUGUAGGCAGUGUCCCAGGUACAAUCUCUAACAUCUCCAAUUCAAAGAAUGAGAUGGGUGGUGUAAAACACCCUUUUGCCUGAAAGCCUGGAAAGCAGUUGCCAGUAGGCAAUACUAAGCUAGAGAAGCUCGGAGGGGGGGGGAGCACAUUUGCUGUUUGCCAGCUGGACCCAUUUCCUUGAGAUGCCCGAUUUGAAGUGCUCGGAAACUUCAACAGGUUCAAAUAAUUGCAGCCAGAUUGUUGACUAGGGCUGGUUAUUGGGCGCAUACGACUCCCUCGUUAAUAACAAUUUGUAUGCUGCCCAUCUGACUGGGUUGCCCCAGCCACUCUGGGCAGCUCCCAACAAAAUAUUAAACAUGCAAUAAAACAUCAACCAUUAACAACUUCCCUCAACAGAGCUGCCUUCAGAUGUCUUCUAAAAGUCAAAUGUUGUUUGACAUCUGAUGAGAGGGCAUUCCACAAUUACUCCACCAACUACAGUACCUGUCUUUCCAGGUGCAAUUCAAAGUGCUGGUUAACCUAUUAAGCCCUAUAUGGCUUAGAUCAGGCAUCCCCAAACUGCGGCCCUCCAGAUGUUUUGGCCUACAACUCCCAUGAUCCCUAGCUAACAGGACCAGUGGUCGGGGAAGAUGGGAAUUGUAGUCCAAAACAUCUGGCGGGCCGAAGUUUGGGGAUGCCUGACUUAGAUCCAAACUAUCUGAAAGACUGUAUUCCCUCAUGUGAACCUGCCUGGGUUUUGAACUCUUCAGGAGAGCUCAUUCCCAGACUUUGGAACUCCCUCCCUAGAGAAGGUAGACUGAAUCCCUUUUUGCUGUCCUCCUGCUGGCAGGAAGACUUUUGUGUUCCAACAGGCUUUUGGGAACUGACUGCUUUUAAUGAAAGAGCUGGCGCUGUGCUGUUUCUAUUGUAAUUAUUUGCAUAGUUUUAACAGGUUAUAUAUAGUUUUAAUUAGAUCAGUAUUUAAUUGUUCUUUAAUUAUUGCUUAUUCUUUUAGUGGUUCUUAUUUUUAGAUGUAAGCCACAUUGAGAAAAAGGUGGGUUAUAAAUAAUAAUAGACUAGGCAGUCUGGCCAGGUAUUAGGAAGCAUCCUGUACUCUUGAUAGUAUAAUUUGCACAAUA